AUGGUUGUUCAAGACUUAGUAUGCAACUAUGCAAGAGUUUAUCUGACUCUCAAGAACCAGCUCAAGAUGAAUUUGGAGGAGGUCGGAGAAAACAAAGUGAUGGCUGAAGAAAAGCUAAAUCUGGAGGAAGUCAGUAGAGAUGUUGAAAAAACUUAUCUGAAUGAUAGUAUGAGAACAGGACCAAAUUCUAUCGAGAAGGGUGAUGGUAAGGAACAGGAUUGUAAUCUUGGACGCAUUUUGGAGCCAGACUGUGUUUUUGUCGAGUUCAGAAGAGCAGAAGCCUCAUGCAUGGCAGGACAUUGUUUACAUGGGAAGAACAAGAAGAAGAAGAAGACAAUAGCUACAGCAGCUGUAGGGGGAGGAGUGUUGCUUGGAAACAAUACACGCUUCCUCAAGACACAGCAGUUCUCCAUUUCGAAGCCUAGUCCGGUUUCGGUUUCAGAGAUAGGAUUUCUUACUUCCCAAUUGGGUGGCAUCAGGAUUUCCUACAACCCACCAAAACCACUCACUGCUCCUUUCACUCCCGCUAUCCAACCUCUCGUCGCACGUAGAAUUUGCCCCUUUACCGGGAAGAAAGCCAACAGGGCCAACAAAGUUUCCUUUUCAAACCACAAGACCAAGAAGUUGCAGUUUGUCAACUUGCAGUACAAGAGGCUGUGGUGGGAAGCUGGCAAGCGCUAUGUCAAGCUGCGAUUGUCAACCAAAGCGUUAAAGACUAUACAGAAGAACGGACUGGAUGCUGUUGCUAAGAAGGCUGGCAUAGAUCUUCGCAAAGAGUGAUAAAUUGGUCAUAUGUUUUUGUUUUGGCGUAUUUGGUUUUCUGUUACUUUUUAUAUUCAUUCCCUGUUCUGAUGAAGUUCUUCCCUCGAAUCAAUGGUAUCUUCAUCUUUACAUCUCACAAGCUGGUAAUUACUCUUUGUUCAUGUGCUCUUUAAGUCCAUGGCUUUUUAUCCAAACAUGUAUUGAUUCCACAAUCAGGAAAUUGCGGAAUAGUUUCAUUAGGGUGUGAUGUAUUGUUGUGCUGCCUAUCUGUAAGCAAUUGCACUAUACCAUAUGCUAUGGCGCAAGUAACUUCGGAAGGUAGCUUCUGUAUGUUGGUAGGAGGUUUGAUGCCAUGAUGUUGGAUCCUCGCAUUCCCUUGUAUUAUUUUGUUUGCUGACUACGCAUUAUCCUAGUUGUAGAUUAUAAUGGCACUGCAAAGUGUUGUGUUUGAAAUUUUUGGAUAAGGUUUUCAAAUUUCAGGCUA